ACCCCGGCUUGUACGAUUUAGGUUCAAAUUGAUCAAAACUGUGAACAGAUCGCCUGUGAAAAACAACGUUUCUAGAAAAAUAAUACCAAAACCUUUUAUAUUUCAAAAUGCCAAGCAAACAGAGAAUGAGAGUAGCCAGUGAAAAGGCCAGCAAAAAUGUUACAGCAAGAGGAAAUGUGCCCAAAACUUUGAAACCUGGAGAUGAAAAAUACCCCGUUGGACCAUGGUUAUUAGGAUUGUUCGUGUUUGUUGUUUGUGGCUCAGCUGUGUUCCAAAUUAUUCAGAGUAUUAGACUGAGUUAAACCCACCGAUUCCUGUAUCAUCUUCAUUCUCUCCUCAUAUUUUGACUGGUUGACGUCCUUGGAUUAAUGACUUCCAGGUUUAACGGAAUAAUUCGCUACAAUAUUCAGACAUUUAAUGUGUAUAUGAUGGUCAGUGCACAAAUUGUUAUCAAAUAAUUAAUUCAAAAGAAGGAAAACAGGCACAAUGAUCAAAAGGGGUAAUCUAAAUUAGCUAAGAUUGUCUCAUACAAAACUAUGUGUAGUCCUUAUAUGGAAAUAACACAAACAAGGGCAUAAGGCUUAUUCUAACCUCUUCUAAAAUCUUAUAAUAGUAUUUGAAAGCUUAGUUGAAGUAUUGUAGCCUUUUUUUUAACAUUCGACUUUUUCAGUCGAGGUAGAGACUAAAAAUGGCUGUGAACCACGUUCGCGUGUGUUAUUUCCAUGCAAGAACUAUACAUAGUUUGGUAUGAAAUUGCCUAUAAAAGCUUCGAGGUUAAUGUGGGUUAUUCCCCUUUGAACGGUGUGCCUAUUUUCUGUUCAUUGUAACUUAGGAACGUUAUUGUAAAUAUCAAGUAAUUUAUAUGUUCUAAAAUAACGUUUCUUGUAUGAUUGUCAAGAUUUUUUAUUUUUAAUUUCAAGUGUACAUCUUGUCAAACGUUUCAUUUCUUUUCCCCAUCAAUAUCAAUCUGAUUGAAAUACAGCUCUAGAUGGUGAGUUUCAUGUGUUUUCUUAUGGGGAGAAACCCUGAGAAUGUGAAAUACCGCUUUUGAUAAGUUUCACGAGUUUUCUUGUGGGUUACUUCAAAUGUUCUGUGGAGAGACCCUCAGAAUAUAAAUGAAACAAAAUAUCUAGGGCUGUAUUCUAGUAAGAUUGUGUCUGAAUGGCAGUUUAUAUUAAAAUAUUAAUUAACUGUUAGACUUAAUUGUGAUGAAAGUGUAUAGACUAUCUUAUCUAUUGUUAGGGCCAGCCUUAUCUUUCCAAGAGUACAACAAGUUUUCUGUGGAAAGCUGAGAACUAGCCUUACUGGUUAUAAAAAUUAAGUUGAGUAAAAUUAAACAUCAGCAUGAGUUUUAUACUGUACAAUUUCUAAAGUCUUCAAAGAAUGUAAUAUUUUCAUGGCUUGAAAGACAAAACUGUGUCUAAUUCCACUGUAACUUUUUGUAAUGUUUAUAAACAUAGAAAUCUACUAUAAAAAAGAAUAAACGCUUCUUACAAGACUUCACUGAUUGAUUGUAUUCAGUAAGAUCAUGUUAAGGCUGGUGAUCUGGCGUAAGUUGCUUAUUCUCACGAAUGGCACAUGAACAUGUUGGUUAUCAACUGAAGAAUUCAGCUUUUCAAUAAUAUGUUUUUCCGUGCUAUGUUUAUUGUCUAAUAGGAGAUAGUAUUAAUGUUCAAUGGCCACCAGUCUGAAAAAUACUUACAAAAAGUGCAGCAGAAUGUUUUUAUUCCCAAAUUAAAUAUUUUAAAGCGUAAUUUUUUAUGUGAAAGUCCAGUCGAUGAUGUCUGGUGUUAGUUUUUGGUUGAAGGGAAAUUUGUUAUGUUACUUGAUGUAUGUUUUAUUUAUUUCUCGUUAUGUGAGAAUAAAUGAUUAUCUACAAAAUGCU